AUGGCUUCAGUAUCGGCAGCCGUAAGGCUAUGCGCUGCGGCCUGCCGCAGGGCGCCUCGAAUCCAGCAAAUUUCCCGGUCUCGGCAGAUCAUCCGACAAAAGUCUCUUGCCCAGCGGGCAUUUACCACAUCGACAAUAAGAUGGGCUCGAGAGGAGGAUCAGCGCCAGGACGAUGUCGAGGAGGAAGAUUUUGGUCCUGUGGAACUGAAGAAGCUCGAGGCUGCGCUGGCUGAGGCGUCUACUCCGGAAGGAUUAAAGCAAUUGGAUCAGCUGGCCAAAGCGAACGGCUUCAACUCCAUCGACCAAUACCUGCAAAAUCAGCUAGACUACCACCCUGGCUGGGCGUCUGAGGACCGAUCAACGUUGGAGGAUAUUAUGAAGGAUGAUAAGGGAGAAAAGCCCAACAAGCAGUCAUUCUGGUUCGACGAGGAGGAUCCCGAGACCAACACCGAGGAACUUGAGGAAUUCGACGAGGACGAUAUCACAUCAAUGGCACACGGCAAACUUGACGAAAUCCGAGAGAUGCGAAAGUACGCCCGAAUGGCUGUUUGGGAGCUACCUCUUCUUUCAAAGUACGCCAAGCCUUUCGAGCCUCCAUCCGACCAACAGGUCCUCCGAUGGCGAUACACAUCCUACAUGGGUGAAUUCCACCCCGCCGAAAAGAAGGUGGUGGUACAGUUCGCUCCCGACGAUCUGAAGCUCACCCCUGUUCAAACCGAGAAGCUCAAGAAGCUCGCCGGCCCCCGCUACAACCCUGAGACAGAGAUCAUCAAGAUGAGCAGCGACAGCUUCGAACAUCAAGCACAAAACAAGCGUUACCUUUCCAACCUAAUCGACGAACUCAUCACCGCGGCCAAGGACCCCAAGGAUACCUUUGAGGACAUCCCUCUCGACACCCGACAUCAUGUAACUAAGCCCAAGCCGCAAUUUCCCAAGGAGUGGCGCAUGACUGCAGAGCGUAGACAGCAGCUCGAUGAGCACCGUUCGCGACUGGCUGUUGAGGAUGUGAAGAUGGCCGAGAGCGGCCAAUUGAUCGAUGGUACCCAGGCUAUUGACGAAUACUUGACGAAAAAGUCCACCGAGGACAAUAAGAAGGCCAAGGUUGAGGAGCUCGUUACUGUUGCGCCCGCAAAGAGUUCAGGUGGUAACCGCGUGAGGAGCAUCAUGACUGCCAAGAGCAACGUGAGCAGACCUGAAGUCGAAAAGUCAGUGAAUAAUGAAGAGCGAAUACGUGGUGAAUAUCGUCGUCCUGGGAGCUCCGGUUUCUGGGAAGAAGAGUUUUAUACGAAGGAUGAAUACGAACCCAUUACCGAAACAUCGGGGGACUCUCGCCUAGCCAAUAUCUCGGGCAUUCCCACUCUCAUCAAUCUGAAGCGCAUUCCAUCAACAUUCAUCAGCUCUGACCCUGAGUCCUGUCGCUCAGCAGCCGAAGCAGAUGCGCUCAUCCUGAUAUAUGAAGGCUCAUCAGCAGAGAGCCUGGAGGAGGUUCAGCGCAUGAGGCUCCAAGUGCUGGGUUCGCAUCUUGAAGAAGCAGCACCUCCCAUGGCUGUGGUUGCGGGCAAGGCGGAUUGCGCGGAGGCCGCGGGACAAGCGUGGGAGCAGGGGAUCGAAGAAGGCAGUGAAAUCGCAGUACAGCUGGGGGCAAAGUUUGGGGUUGUAUCGGCUCUUUGGGGGGAUGGGGUCAAGGAUGUGGUCGAAGAGUUGGCUACAAGGGUACUAGAGAAGAAGGGUGUUGAUAAGGAAACUUUAAUGGGUGCAGGGUCGUGA